CGACAAAUUUGAGAUAUUCCAAAUUUUCGAAAUAAAUACCAAGUGAUAUAAAAUUGAACAUAAACAUAGUUAAAUAUAUUGUGCUAAAAUGUCAUCUGUUUAUUGUAAUGCGGUGGGCCAAACGGCUGGCUCCAGGCUCCAUCCACUGGCUGACCUGUGAGUUACCGCUAGGGAUAUUAUCUAGUGACUGAGAUUCCAUUAACGGUGGCAACAAAAACACCAACCAAAACCCCAGGUGCAACAACACUGCAACACUAUUACUUUUUGUUAUUUUCUCGCUUCGGCCAUUGGCUAUUUUGGUAAAUUGGAUAAACGCAGUGAACGCGCAUCUUUCUCAACGGCCCAGCCGAAAAUGUGCACAGAGGUGAAUUCAGCAAUGGGUCUUCAAGCAACAGCCGCUACCAAGCGGAAGCAUGAGCUGACCUUUGAUAGCAAGGAUGCCAACACCACCUACACGGGCAACUGUGCGCCGCCUCCGGUGAAGGCCAGCAAAUGGGCCAUUAACAACAACAACUACCUGGAAUCGCUCGAGGAGCAGCAGCAGCAACAGCAAAAGACAACGGAGCAACAGCAACAGCAACAGCAAAUCGAGUCCAACAACAACAAUGUGGAGACAGUGAAGACAGCUCAUAGUAUUAUUAGCAACGGUGAUGAAGUUACUACUGGAAAUGGCAAUGGCAAUGGAAAUGUAAGUUUAAGUGGAAGUGGCAGCUGUAAGAGUCCAGCGGAGGUGCCACUGCCACCAACAGCGAGUGCCGCAAUACCCGAGGACAGCAUUGCCAAAUUGGAGGUGGUUGCUGCGGUGCCCUGUGAGCCAUGGUCAACGGCAGCAUCGCCAGUGGCAGCGGUGGCCAGCAACACGGAGCCAGUGGAUUGCAUCUCCAAGUUGCAGGCGGUCGCAGUGCCCAGUGAUCCUUGGGGCAGCAUUGCCACACGCUCGACGCUGGCAACAACAUUGCUGAGUGCCGAUGAGCUGGAUGAUGAUGAUGAUGAUUUCGAGGAUGAUUACGAGGAGGAGGAGAGCAUUAUACCCACCUAUUGUCCCAUGCGUUAUCAUCCAUUUGCCCAGCAACAGCAGCAGCAACAGCAGCAACAGCAACAACAGCAGCAGCAGCAACAACAACAGCAGCAACAAGCCGCCGCUGCUGCAGCCGCCGCCGCGCAGCAACAGCGCAGUUACGCCCCCGGCUAUGGCAGCCGACCCGCCUACUACUCGGAGCCGUUUCCGCAGCAGAAUUGCUCCCGCACCGGCAGCCCGCAGCACAUGACGCCGCGAGGAUUCGCACCGCCGCAAUGGACAAACACAACGGGAGCAGCGGGUGCGCCUGGCGGAGCGGCAAACGGAGCAGCGGCCACGCCCAGUGCUGCCCAACAACAGCAGCAGCAGCAACAACAGCAGCAGCAAUUCUAUGAGAAUGGCGGUGGCGUUGUCUAUGCGCAGUCGGCGCCACAGCAGACGAUACGUUGUGCGGAGAAUGGCAAGUCGUAUCUGGAUCUGGGCUGCAGCAGUGCGGCCACCACAACGCCAGCGAGUGCCCUGCCCACCAGCAAUGUGAGUCCCGCAGCCGCCCCCUUUGUGCCGCUGCCCGGACUGCACGGAUUGCCGCUGAAGCGCUGCUGUGAUGGACGCGGCGGUUGGUGCAGCGCCAAUCGCAGCUGCUACAAGGAUACGCGUCUGAAGAUCCGCAAUCUGUCCAUGUUCAAGUUGUCGCGCUUUCGUCAGGUGUCGGAGCAAUCGUUGUACCGCUCGGUGCUCAUCUGCAACACGCUGAAGCGCAUCGAUCGCGAGAUUGAAGCGGAGGCCAAGGAGCUGCAUCAGGCGGCGCAGCAGCAUCAUCAGCAGGCAGCCGCCGCAGCAGCUGCUGCUGCCGCACAGGCAGCACAAUAUCAUCCAGCCUAUCAGCAACAGCAACAACAGCAGCAGCAACAGCAACAGCAGCAACAACAGCAACAACAAUCCCCGCCAGCGCCGUUGCAUCAUGGACAACAGGAGUAUGCGCCGGUUUUGAACUGUGCCCGCUUGGCCAACAUGGAUCAUUAUCAGCAAUUGUCGCAGGCGCCCAGCUUCCAGCCACAGGUGGCGCCACCACUGGGCUAUCAUGAGCGUUUGGAUGCGCCACCGCCCGCCUAUAGAGCCGCUGCUGCAGCAGCGAGCGCCGCAGCAGCAGCAGCAGUUGGUGGUGCGCCAACUGGUUUCCAGCCACUUGCAAUAACGUCGCCCUCAACGAGCAGCAACUGUGAUACGUCCGCGAGCACAACGACACUGCAUCCCUACGAUCACUAUCCGUUUCGGGAGUCGCAAUCGGGACGUGCCACGCCCUUUCCCACCUGCCAGACGACACCAAUUGCCGCCGCAGCAACAGCAACGGGAGCAGCGGCAGCAUCAACAGCAGCAGCAGCAGCAACAACAGUUGCUAGUGCCGCAAGCACGCCCGUCAGCAACUCAUCAGCAGUUGCCACCAGCGCCAGUGACAACAGCAACAGCAGCAACAACAGCAAUAGCAAUAGCAAUAGCAGCAACAGCAGCAGCAACAACAACAAUUCCUCCUCUUCGAGCGUGGUCAGCGCCUGUGAUUCAAGUGAUUCGGGCUAUGCGGAUGAUGAUUCCACACGCUCCAUCAACUGGAGUUCGGUGCUGAGCUUGAGCUCACAAUCCGCACUGGAUCCGCUGAAUAACAAUGAUCUAUUCAGCAUAUUGCCCGCUGCUGCCACGCCCACCGCCGUGCCCGUUUGCAUAGCGAGCAGCAGUGUUGCCGGCUCCACAUUGGCCUUCAGUGGCAGCUUCACCACCGUGCAGACGAGCGGCAGUCAAAAUAGCUCCUCCGUCUCAUCCUCCGCAUGCAGUUCCUCCAGUUCCUCCAGCUCCUCGUAUUCCUACUCCUCCGGCUCGAGUUGCUCAUCGUCGUCGACAACAGCAACAUUCACCACAUUGUCAACGAUUUCAUCGGCAACACACUCGCUGACAUCGUCGUAUGUGAGCAGCAUCAGUUCCAAUGUCUCGGCGGGUGCAAAUACAUGGGAAUAUGGAUUUCUCGAUAUGGAAUUCGGACUGGGAUCCGAGUUUACCGAACUAGUGCCCAGCUGCAAGCUGAGCUCCGACGAGCUCUUCAAGAGCGGACUCAGCGGUCCCGUUGCCAGCUCCAGGUUGCAUGACAAUGAGCUCGAACAGCCCGCUCACAUCAUGGUUGGCAGUUAGUAUCAAAAGUUGUAAGCGAGCCGACGACGCGUCUGACGCCAACGGUUGCCGCCGGGCAUUGCGUGCGGGUCACGCGCCGCCAGGUGGCGCCACAUAGCAAUUCCCAAGCAGUAUUCAAUUUGUAAUUGUUGUAACAUAAUUUCGAAUUAUGCUCAGGUUGUGAAACGUGCACCCGCCCCCCUCCCCCACUUGAUCACUACCCCCAAUACACCUCAAGCAACCCCCACCAGGGGGCGCCACACACGAUAAAGAAUUAAACAAGCAAAACAAAUUGCAAUUGUAUUGAAAUGAAAUGAGAAGAAACUAAGAGGAGAAAAUGAUAAAAGUAUAUGACAAAUGAAAACUAUUAGCAAAUUUUUAAGUGUAAAUAUUGUAAAAUGUAAAUCUAAUGAAUGCAGAACAACUUCUAGCACAUAAGUUUGAAAAGCAAAAAACAAAAGCAUAUAAACAAUUAUAUAUAUAGUAUAUACAUUUAAAAAAAAGGAUAAAUGAUAAAUGUAUCUUUAUUAGCGCGUAUGACAUGUAACUUUAGCUUUGUUAGUUGCAAUUGUUGCAGUUUUUCGAUUUAACACACACACAUAUUCAUAUAGAAACAAUCAACAACAACAACAACAAAACAAGUUCAAUUAUGCAGAAAAAACUUAACUACAAUUUGUAAUUGAAGCAAACAA